AUGGGUAGCACUCACUCCACCACCGCAACUACUGCAACUACCGCGGCAUCAACCAAGACGGACAACACACCAACGGAUUGCGCUCUCUGCUGUCCAAAGUUUGUCGGACUGUUGGCCAAGUUGCGUCGCACUUUGACGCAUCAUUUGCGACCGACCCGCAAACGUCGUUGCGGCUUCCAGCGCGGCUGUGGUGCACGAACUGCUCUGCUGCGUCCCAUGCCACGCUGCUCCUCCUUUGGCAGCUGCAGCACGCUGUUGGUAACGCCCACAAGCAGGCCCGGCAAGCGCAGCGAAAAGAAGCCCAACGCGACGGACAACUAUGCGGAAUGGAAAUGCAUGUUCGAGCAUGCGUCCGGCCAGGGACUACUUGCCCCAGCGGCGCACCGGCCGCACGACAUUAGCGAGGCGCUUUCGGGGCAGACAACGCCACGUGGCUUUCCAUCGCACACGGAUGCACGCCGUUGCCCACUGCCCAAUGUCCAGCAGCAGGGGCAACAGAUGGAGGAGCAGCCGCUCUAUGACUACAUGGGCGAUAGUAAGAAGUCGCGUCGCCGCCUCAGCUUUCGAUUGCCCAGCGGCAGCAGCAGCAAUCAGGGCAGCGUGCGGCGUCUAUCGGCACGCCAGAGGGCCGCCCAGGCCAGACUGGAGGAGCAACUGCAGCGGGAGCUGCGCGAUCUGGAGGAAUACUAUGGCGGCUUUCACUAUGCACGCCGCAACGAACGACGCAUUUGA